AUGGCCGUGAUCGAGGAAGUCGAUGAAGAUAGUGUCUCUUUGCUUCGAGUAAAAGAGGACAUGCUGCGGCGAAGAGGUGCUCAGCUCACAACCGAGGGGGACGACGCUCCGGCGUGGCACGAUUCAGACGACGAAGACGAUGGCCCCAUGCUCGAGGAAGACACGGCGCAGUGGCUGUAUGAGGAGGUGGAAGACGCCAAACUCCCUGACUCGGUGGCGUUUGUACUCGAUCUCGUGUCGUGGAGCAUCCCCUUCGUUUUCGCUUUUGAGCUGCUGAAUCUUCUCGUUCAGAAGCAAUACAACCAUGAGACGACGGUGCUGGACGAGAUCCGCACCCUCCUAUCCCGUAUACCCCCUCUCAUCCUACUGAUCGCAUGGAACCUACGAGAAAAGCGACGCUGGCUCACACAGGCCGUCAUGUUUGUGCUAGGCACUGUGGCAGGAUGCUACAUGGCUUACUUGGUGAAUCAGGCUUCGUUCCAGCGUGCCAUGGCACGUGCACCGGCGGUCGGUACCCUGUGGUUCCUGGCGAUUGUGCGCUUGGACCUCACGGCCUGCGUGUUUAGUCUGCUGCUGUUCGCCGCCUACGUCUGGGGCGCUGGGUAUCGCCUCGUUCUAUAG